GUCAUCCAUCAGGCGGUGGAACAGUUAAUUGUGAAACACAGCUCCGGACUGGGACCAUGGCACCGUCUUCGAUGCUGAAAAGCGCUAUUUUGAUACUAACCUGUGCCAUCACUCGUGCGCUGUCAAUCGUCACGCUGGAUAAGGAGGCCAUGACAACGAACGAGUGUGACGCUGAUACGCCGAUGGUGGUUCCCAAUUUUAAGGCCAACUGGUUCAAAGCGACCGAGUACUGCCACUACCUGGGACGCAAUCUGGUGAUGUUGGGUUCGGCCGAAAAACAAGCCAUCGUGGCCAAGGUGAUCGAAGCCACGGACAAGGUGGGUGAUAACUCGUUCUGGAUCGGCGGCAGCGAUUUGGCCGAGCUGGGCAACUUCCACUGGCACUCUACGGGAACGCGGAUCGUUUGGCAAAAUUGGAACGAACUGGUGGACGCACCAACGGCCGGCGACAGCCGACGGAACGACCGGUGCGUACUGCUCGGUAUGCCGGAUGGACUGAAGUGGAUUGUGGUGAACUGUUGGGAUGAGUACUAUUUCUUGUGUGAGAGACCUAUCUUUGAAAAAUAAAGUUUUGUGUUA